UACUUCGAGUUUACUACCACAGUUCAUACGUCUACGGUGAGUGGAGCGAAAUGUUCAACAAAAAGCCCCGGAGGAACUUUCGGCAGAGAAAAGAUAGCUCCAGUGACGAAGAGGACCGACAGAACAACAGCGAAGAUGGAGGGGAGACCGAGAAAGCUCCGGUUGUGGUAAAUAAACAGUCUAAAGUUGCCCAGGGCCGCGGCAUCUCUUGUAGCUCGAAGAAGCCGGACAGCAGUGACGGAGAGGACGAGGAGAAGCUGGAAGUGACUGCCGAUAAAGAAGCAAGGAGGAAAGAUAAAGGUGGAGGGAAAGAGAAAACAACUACCGCCCUCAGUUUCUCUGACGACAAAGAAGCUGAAGAACCAGCAUUUAAACUGAAGAAGUCCUCUGAUAAAGCUGUGCUGUUCCAAGUCAGGAGGAAGGAAGCUUCACCUGCCAAGACUACCUACAGCACAGCCCCAGCUGGUGUAGGUGUCCCACCAUCUGGUUCUCCUAGGCAAGAUUAUGACAGUCAGGCUUCACCACAUGGUCCGCACUAUAAUGAUGAUGACAGUGAAGACAGUGAAAGUGAUGAAGGUGGUGCCAGGUCUCCUUCAGCUAGCUCAGCCUCAGACUCGAGCCGCUCUACUGCCAAACCAGUAGUUAUCCCAAACGCUGAAGAGAUCAGAGCAGCCAGGAGGCAGCGUCGUGCCACUCGAGCCCAGAAAGAGUUCAUUUCGCUGAGUCGAGGUGGCCAGAGCUCUGGUGGUAGCACCCCGGAUCACUACAGCAGGGACGAUGAAGAAGACAGAGUUGAUGAUGAUGACGAGCCGGAUGACCAUGAGAGAAGAAUCGAGUUUGCCCCACGAUUGAAGAGCAUAAGAGAGAGGAUUGCUGAGAAACUCGGAGGAAGUGAUGGCAGCCUGUCAGGGACUGAUGGGGAAGAGCAGGAACUUUGGGAGGAGACACAAAUUGGGAAGGGAGUCAAGAGACGGCCAGGAGAACAGAGCCCAUCUGGCAGUGAAUCCAGCAGAUCCAGCAGAUCCAGCAGCAGCAGGCGAGACAGACAAAGACAAAAGAAGAGAUCAGGUGUUAGAAUCCCAAAGACCCUUCCUUCCAUCAGUGUUUCAAUGGUCAAGAGGAGGAUCACUGGAAAACUGGACUCCCUGAAGGAGGUGCACAGAGCACGGCAGGCAGAGCUGAGGAGGAUGGAGGGGGAUGUUGAGAGCGCUAAAACCUCAGUGGAGAGUCUGGAGGAAAGUUCCUCAGAGAUUCAGCUUAAGUUUUACCGGGGCAUGACGCUCUAUGUCCACAACCUGGUGGAGUGUCUGCGGGAGAAGGUUGUUGAGAUCAACUCUUUCGAACUGGAGCUUCACACUCUGCUCUCCGACCACUUGGAGGCACUGUUGGCUCAGAGAAGACAGAAGGUCAAAGAGCAGGCUGACAGUCUGCAGCAGCUCAGCUAUAGCACAGAUGAGCAGAAUGGAAGUUCAGCCAAUGGAACACAAACUCCAGGUGUGGCAGGCACUGCUGCUAAAGCUGAGGGAGACUUUGAUAUUCCUGAAGACACACAACCUUCAGCAGAAGAGGGAGAGCAGCUGCAAAAGAAGAUGGCUGAUAUUCUGCUGAGGUCCCAGACAGUGUUUUCUGACGUCCAGGAUGAUUUCUGCAACGUUAAAAAGAUUCUGUCUCGCUUUGAAGAAUGGAGAAAAUCUUACUCUGACUCUUACCACAGUGCCUACAUCUCUCUGUGUCUGCCCAAGUUGUUGAACCCCAUCAUUAGACAUCAGCUACUGGCAUGGAACCCACUAAAGGAUGCCAGUGGGGACUUUGAAAACCUCCCCUGGUUCACAGCAGUGGAGACGUUUUGUCAUGGACACGGUCAUGAGGAGCUUGAGCACACAGACAGACGGACGCUGUCUAAUGUCAUAGAAAAGACUGUCCUACCCAAAAUAACUGCAUUUGUGGAGCUGGUGUGGGAUCCCAUGUCCCACCAACAGUCAGUCUGUCUCUCUGAUGUCUGUCACAGACUGAAGGAGGACUAUUCCAUCUUUGAGGGAGAGCAGAGUAAACCAGUCAAGGCAUUCAUCGAGGCUGUGGUCAGGAGACUGAGGAGCUGUGUAGACGAAGAUGUCUUCAUCCCUCUGUACCCAAAAAAGUUCCUAGAAGACAGGUCGUCUCCUCAGAGUUGCUUCAGGGAACAACAGCUCUGGACGGCCAUAAAACUUCUAGGUAACAUGGGGAAAUGGGAUUUGCUGCUUCCUGAGACUGUAUUGAUGGAACUGAUGUUGGACAAACUGCUGAACCGAUACCUGAUGACCACUCUGUGCAGUCAGACUCAAUUUAACAAUACUGUCCUUACAUGCAAAAAGAUAGCAGAUAGUCUUCCGCUCUCUUUGUUCAAAGGAGGGAACAUUUGUUUGCCUCAGCUACGGAACUUUGAAAACCACCUCGUUCAGAAAGUUCAUACCAUCUGCAAACAACAGUCUCCUGAAGAUCCAAACACAAGGUCGGCUGUGGUUGAAGUGCUGCAGAUUCUGAGUAGGGUCAGGUGCAAUGACUCCAUCAUGGCCAUAGCAGAGAAAUACCACUAUGAAGAUGUCAUCUACUCGCACCAGCUGCUGAACCAGGAGACAGUAUGAACACUGAAUGCUGUGGAAUGUGGUGGAGCAUUAUGUAUAUGGCAACAAAUGGUGCAAAUUCAUUGUUAAACCAAGGAAACAACCGAAAGGAAUUAUAUGGAUAAAAGAAUUCCCCUUCCCGUAAUUUCUAGCCAUGAACAUUUUGUAGUCUGUUUUGUACAGGAGAUAACUGUAUUUUUAUGAAUAAAUAUUUGAAUUGUGUUAAUAUAGCUAGAGUUUUUAGAAUCUAUUCACUGUCAUAUUUUAAGUUCUUCACACAAGUGACUGGCUAAUACCUAUAAUCUCACUUUGAAGUUAGACAUAAAAACAAGUGUAUGGUGGAGCCACUUCUUCACUGUAGAUACCAGUUGAUGGUAAUAACAACUGUCACCAUGGAAACCAACAUAACAGGCCAGCUCUGAAUGUUGUAUAUAGUCCAAUUUAAGCCACAUUCAUUAUGGUAAGUUGACUAAGUACCUGGAUACAUGAGCACAUAUAGAUUUGUGAAAUACAACAACAAAUCCCAUUUAAACAUCUUAAAGCCCUUCACUGUAGCAUGAAAUCCAUAAUCCCAGUAGAAGAAAAGAUUCUGCUUUGAUUAACUACUUCAAGUUAUUACUCUGUUCCAUACACAAUUUACACCGAAGAGUCUUACAGGCCAACAAAUUCCCCAGUUCAAAAACUCAGCUCGGCUCAUUGUGAAUCAUCAUUUGGAUGAAUGUUUUUGACAUGUUAUCGCUGUACAACCGAACGGUGACAAAAUAAUUAUACUACCCAUUCAGAAUGCAAAUGAUCUGAGGACACCUGAGUUGCCUCCACACACACACAUACACACACAUUUUACCUUCAGAUCAGUGCUCUGACACAGGAUACGUUUUCCAGCCCUGUGCAGGUAAAGUAAGGGUUGAACAUGAACACACACAACAUUCCUAGACUUGAGAUUUAAACGAUACCUGACAAGAAAUUAAUUAUGUGCAUUACUGAUAUGUUUCCAUAAAGCUGUGUGAGAAAUACUCAAGACUUUUGUAUUAGCAGAGUUGGCUUUAUUUAUAAGGUUCAUACAAAGCAAAACACACCAAAACAAAACCCAAAACUUAGCCUGUCGCGUGCACAUAAAGCUCAAAUGUGAAAAAUGAGUCUGGACUGAGAUCAACCUUAUCACUUUGAGUGAACUUAUUCCAGUCCAUACGAGCGCAAAAAACAUUUAAAAAAAACCAAAAAAAAAAACAA